CCCCUCUAUAUAAGGCUCAGCAGCCCUGCUCUUAUUCUCUGCAUACUGCAAAUCCGUCAUCUUGAAUUCUGGACUGUACAUAGAAACCUAACAAAAUGCCUCUCACACCUCUCCGCCCCGGAGUAUACGCUCCAACAAUGACCUUCUUCAACCCCAACACUGAAGACCUCGACACCCCUGCCAUCCGGAAGCACGCCGUGCGCCUCGCCAAAGCCGGUCUCGUCGGGCUCGUCUGCAUGGGCUCCAACGGUGAAGCCGUCCAUCUCACCCUCGAAGAAAAGCAAACCGUCAUCCGCGAAACUCGCGCCGCCCUCGAUGAAGCCAACUUCAAAAACGUUCCCGUUAUUGCCGGCGCCUCAGAGAACAGCAUCCGUGGCACAAUCCAACUAACCAAGGACCUUGCCGCCGUGGGUGCUGAGUAUGCCCUUAUCGUCCCACCAAGCUACUACCGCUACGCGACAGGCAACGACGAGACGCUAUAUGAGUACUUCACAGCAGUCGCAGAUUCCUCGCCUCUCCCUAUCAUUCUGUAUAACUACCCCGGUGCCGUCGCGGGCAUUGAUAUGGACUCGGACCUCAUAAUCCGCAUCUCGCAACAUCCCAAUAUUGUGGGCACCAAGUUCACCUGCGCCAACACGGGCAAGUUAACGCGGGUCGCGCGCGCCCUGCACGCCAUCAAGCCUGAGUCGCCGCUUGCGCCAACCAAGUCCUCUGUUCCUGUUACCAAGACUUCCGCAAACCACGAGUACGUUGCCUUUGGCGGUAUUGCGGACUUUACGCUGCAGACUCUGGCUUCUGGCGGGUCGGCAAUUCUAGCUGGUGGCGCGAAUGUUAUCCCCAAGCUCUGCGUGCAGGUGUUUACCCUCUGGGGCGAGGGUAAGUUUACGGAGGCGAUGGAGGUGCAGGGUUUGUUGAGCCAGGCGGACUGGGUCCUGACUAAGGCUGCGAUCCCCGGGACAAAGAGCGCGAUUCAGUCUUACUAUGGGUAUGGGGGUUACCCGAGACGGCCAUUGGGGAGACUCGAUGACGCGCAGGCUAAGGCUGUUGCGGAUAAGAUUAAGGAGGCCAUGGAGGUGGAGUUUAAGCUGCCUGAUGUUGCGUAAUUAGCAGAAUCAAUACAUUUUCCCUUCCUUCUGUUCUCAACGCGUGAAAAAAAAUUUCGAGGAAUCGUCGGCCGCGGGGUAUGUUUGUACCGCAUUCCCGUAGCAACGGAGACAACUCCGAGCAUUGCCCCGGACGAUGUCAGGUCGACUCCACUCCCCACACAGUGCCCUGCAUACAGCUGUAAUUGAGCACUGAUAGGUGGAAAA